AUGACUACGAACGAGAUGUCUAUACCAGACGAUUUCUCCGACAAGACCAACCAAGUACAGCAUAUUGAGGCAUUUGUCACGAACCGAACCGAUCCUGAAAUAGACCCUACCGACGAGAAGCGAAUCACCAGGAAAUUUGACUUGCACAUCAUUCCCUGGUUGUUCUUCAUGUGGUUCUUUGGUUCCCUUGAUAGGGCGAAUAUCGGCAAUGCGAACAUUGCCGGUCUUGCUCCAGAUCUCAAAUUAGAUGGAACCAAGUUUAACGUCGUUUUGCUUGUAUUUUACAUUCCAUAUAUCCUGAUUGACAUCCCGUCGAACUGGGUUAUCAAACAUUUCAAAGCUGGAUACUAUCUUGCUUUCUUGAUCACUAGCUGGGGCUUGGUAUGUACUUUUAUUGGCUUUGUCCAGUCCUAUGGUGGCCUCAUCGCCGGCCGCAUGUUCCUGGGCAUGUGCGAAGGCGGCCUCAUUGGGGGCAUGCUGGUGUAUCUAGCCUUGUUCUACAGACGACAUCAACUUCUUUACCGAAUCGGCAUGUUUGCUUGUGCAGCACCGCUCGCAGUAGCAUUUGGCGGACUUUUAGCCACAGGGCUUUCCAAAAUCAAACACGCUGGUUACAAUGGCUGGCCCUGGAUAUUCUUCAUCGAAGGAACUAUAACAGUCUGUUUGGGGAUCCUAUCAUUGUUUUUCCUUCCGCACACCCCUGGUCAAGCAAAAUUUCUAAGCCAAGUUGAACAAACAAUUGCCCGCCGGCGCAUGAAGCUUGACGCACAUGGAGCUAUAGCUGAGGACGAUGCCGGGGACGAGCAUUUUGACUGGCAUUGGGUUUGGUUAGCAUUGAAGAGUCCCAACACCAUCAUUUGCUCUCUAGCAUGGUUCUUCUUACUCAUACCAAUUUAUGUUGGUCUUGGCAUCGUCGUGCCCCCGAAUAUGUGCGCCUUCGUUGCUAUUCUAAUCACUUCGGCUUGGUCCGACAAAAUAAAAGCUCGUGGGCCGUUCAUGCUGGUGGGCUGCAGUAUUGCGAUCGUUGGCUACAUCAUGCUACUGGUAGCAAAGAAUCCGGGAGUGAAGUAUGGUGGGGCCUUCUUCAUUGCAACCGGCGUCUAUCCUGGAACUCCAAUGGUUCAAGGUUGGCUUUCAAAUAAUCUCGCACCGCAUUACGUACGCGCGACAGGAAUCGGGAUACAAGUUACUAUUGCCAACUUUGCUGCAUUCAUCGCUACAUUUGCCUACCUAACCAAGGACGCGCCAAAGUUCAUACUUGGCCACUGCAUCUGCAUCGGUGCUCUGGGAUUAUGCAUCAUUACUGUGGUUUGUGGCAUUAUGUAUUGCCGGUGGGAAAAUGCAAAGCGCGAGAGAGGAGAUAGAGACCAUAGGCUUACAGAGGAAAACGAAGCUCUCUUAGGCCACCGCCAUCCCGCGUUCCGUGUCGUGUACAGACUACUAUAUGUGAUGAUGACGGGAGCCAAAGUGACAGCUGUGGCACAAUUUCCCGUCAAUUAUUUUCUUGAGAACAUCGUUGUUCGUCAUGAUGGGUCUAUCCUCAUCACGGUCUUGAAUCAGAAGAAGCUUUACUAUCUCCCAUAUCCUGACACCAGCUUCGCUAAGCCGCUGUUGCUGCAUACGUUCGAUGCAUCCCCAAUGGGAAUAAUGGAACUUGGGCACGAUAUCUUCUAUAUUUCCACCAUAACAAGAUCUGGAGACGAUAGCAACACUCUCUGGAGACUUGACAUGAGCAACUUCACACCCACUUCUGUUCCUAAGCCCAUCGCCGUCUUCAAAUUUCCUCCCGAGUCCAAAAUCCUCAAUGGAGUCUGCGCCCUCUCUUCCUCUGUCAUCCUUUGCGCGGAUUCUUGGGCAGACCUUAUCUGGAGGGUUGAUAUUCCAGAAGACGGUUCUGCCCCUUCCGCUCGCGUCUGGCUGAAGCAUAGCAUGCUGGCACACAGUCAAGACCCUGAUAAGCAUGACGUUCCCGGUGUGAAUGGGCUCAAAUUUAACAACAAGGAUGGACAUGUGUACUUUACUACAACUGCACAAGCAAUUUUCGGUCGCGUUCGUGUGGAUAGGGAAACGUUGGGCCCCGUUGGGAACCCUGUGGAUGUGACCAAGCGUUGGAUGUGGGGGGAUGAUCUGAUUAUCGAUGAGGAAGCCGGCAUUGCCUACGUGACAACGCACCGGCAGAACACAAUUGAAAGCAUCAGCCUAGAAUCUGGGGCAACAGUCAAUGUGGCCGGAGAUCCGCUGAACCUGGACUUAAUCGGUCCCACUGCAGGAUCGUGGGCGCGUGGAACGGGUCACACUGACAAGGUAGCUUACUUCAUAACAGACGGCGGGAUCAAAAAUCCCCUGAAUGGUGUUGUGAAGGAGGCAAUGGUCCUUCGCGUUGAAUUCCCUUCCACUGUCAAGGAAAUAUAG